AUGUCUCAGAAUAGAAGCGUCGUGAAGCUGUUGGUAUGUGCAGUGGGCAUAUAUACUAGUUUCUUAACAUGGGCUUUGGUGCAAGAGCCCUUGACUACGAGAAUUUGGCCUAAUGCCGAUGAAAGGUUCCAAUAUCCAAAUGUGAUAGCUAUUUCACAGGCUGGUAUGGCUAUGUUGGUUGGUUAUGUGUAUCUAAAGUGGAAGAAAAGCACGUACGACCCAUGGGAACUCAUUUGGGACUAUAGGAAGGAGUUGACUAUGAUAUCGCUGACACAAAGUACUUCAAACCCUUUGGCUACGUAUUCAUUACAAUAUGUCGACUAUUUGACAUACAUGUUAGCAAAAUCAUGCAAAAUGAUUCCGGUCCUUAUGGUACAUCUACUAUUGUACAGGACUCCUAUAGAAACUCAAAAAAAAUAUGUAUCAUUACUGGUUACAGCAGGUGUGACCAUAUUUACUGUGGGUGGAUCAAAUGGUAAAAUAAGUAGAUCAGGAGGGCAAUGUUUCUCAUUAUAUGGGUUUGGUAUGCUAGCAGCAAGUUUGCUACUCGAUGGUCUAACAAAUGCAACUCAGGAUAAGAUGCUAAAGUCUUCCAGAAAAUCGAAUCAAUCAGAUAACAAGAAGUCAAAACUAAAGGUUGUUACUGGUACGCAUCUUAUGUUUGCUUUAAACCUCUUCAUUAUUUUGUGGAAUACAUUAUACUUGGUUAUCAUUGAUACAACACAAUACAAUAACGCUACUAGGCUCUUAUCUUUGGAUCCCGAUAUUUUAUAUUAUCUAGCAGCAUACUCCAUUUGCGGUGCCCUUGGGCAAUGUUUCAUUUUCUACACUCUUGAACAAUACGGUUCUUUAGUUUUGAUUAUGAUCACAGUGACAAGAAAGAUGAUGUCCAUGGUUCUCAGUAUCGCCGUUUAUGGUAAGGCAGUUAACUUAAUUCAAUGGCUAGGUAUUUUCACAGUUUUUGGUGGUAUUCUUUGGGAAUCCCUUGCAAAGAGAAACGCUGCUAAGAAAGUGGAAUUUAAGAAAGAUUAA